UUUCUUUUCUCCUUCGCUCUUUCUCUCUAUUCUCUCUUUCUCGCACUAAAAAGAAAAAAAAAAACACAAAACACAAAACACAAACAAAAACAGAAGAGAGAGCCACCACCUAUCCAAACCCUAAAACACUCAAACCCUAGCCUACAGCCAUGGACGAGUCAGCUCAGCAACUCCAGCUCCAACAAGCACAGCUCGCUGCCAUCCUCGGCCAAGACUCAGCUCCAUUCGAAACCCUGAUUUCAUCGCUUAUGUCAUCAUCAAACGAGCAACGAUCACAAGCAGAAGUCUUAUUCAAUCUCUGCAAACAAACAGAUCCAAACACUCUUUCACUAAAGCUCUCUCACCUCUUACAAUUCUCCCCUCACGUCGACGCACGUGCCAUGUCUGCCGUCCUCCUCCGUAAGCUUCUCACACGUGACAAUCACGUGGUCGUCGACACCGAUUCUUCGUCUUAUCUCUGGCCACGCCUCUCUCUCGCUACUCAAUCUUCGAUUAAAUCUAUCCUCUUAACUUCUAUUCAACAUGAAUCGACCAAGUCUAUUUUGAAAAAGCUAUGCGACACCGUUUCUGAGCUUGCUGCUAAUAUUUUACCUGAUAAUGGUUGGCCUGAAUUAUUGCCGUUUAUGUUUAAUUGUGUGUCGUCUGAUUCUGCGAAAUUGCAAGAAUCAGCUUUUCUGAUUUUUGCGCAGUUGUCUCAGUAUAUUGGUGAGAGUUUGAUUCCUUUUAUUAAGGACUUGCAUACUGUGUUUUUACAGUGUUUGGGUUCAUCGCCGAGUUUUGAUGUUAAAAUUGCUGCUUUGAAUGCUGUGAUUAAUUUUAUUCAGUGUUUGACUAGCUCCGCUGAUCGAGAUAGGUUUCAGGAUUUGUUGCCUGCUAUGAUGAGAACCUUGACUGAGGCUUUAAAUAAUGGUAAUGAAGCUACAGCUCAAGAGGCUUUAGAGCUUUUGAUUGAAUUAGCAGGUACUGAGCCGAGGUUUUUGAGGAGGCAAUUGGUGGAUGUGGUUGGUUCCAUGUUGCAGAUUGCCGAAGCAGAGAGUUUAGAAGAAGGGACUAGACAUUUGGCAAUCGAGUUUGUGAUUACCUUGGCGGAGGCGAGGGAGAGAGCGCCUGGAAUGAUGAGGAAGUUACCACAGUUUAUAAGUAGGUUGUUUGCGAUUCUAAUGAGGAUGCUGUUGGAUAUUGAGGAUGAUCCUGCUUGGCAUAGUGCGGAAAAUGAGGAUGAAGAUGCUGGCGAGACAAGUAAUUAUAGUGUUGGACAAGAGUGUUUAGAUAGGUUGGCAAUUUCAUUGGGUGGGAAUACCAUUGUUCCUGUUGCGUCUGAACAGUUGCCUGCUUAUUUGGCUGCUCCUGAAUGGCAGAAGCACCAUGCUGCUCUUAUUGCUCUUGCUCAAAUUGCUGAGGGUUGUUCUAAGGUAAUGAUAAAAAAUCUGGAACAUGUAGUGUCAAUGGUUCUGAACUCAUUCCAUGAUCCCCAUCCUCGUGUGAGAUGGGCAGCUAUUAAUGCAAUUGGCCAGCUGUCUACAGAUUUGGGUCCAGAUUUGCAAAACCAAUACCAUCAAAGGAUAUUGCCAGCACUGGCUUCUGCAAUGGAUGAUUUCCAGAAUCCUCGAGUACAGGCACAUACUGCUUCAGCAGUGCUCAACUUCAGUGAGAACUGUACUCCAGAGAUUUUAACACCCUAUUUAGAUGGAAUAGUAAGCAAAUUGCUUGUACUGCUACAGAAUGGAAAACAAAUGGUGCAAGAGGGAGCUUUAACUGCCUUGGCUUCGGUUGCUGAUUCAUCUCAGGAGCACUUUCAGAAAUACUAUGAUGCUGUUAUGCCGUACCUGAAAACUAUUUUAGUGAAUGCAACAGACAAGUCUAACCGUAUGCUUCGUGCCAAAUCCAUGGAGUGCAUCAGUCUAGUUGGGAUGGCUGUUGGGAAGGAUAAGUUUAGAGAGGAUGCUAAGCAGGUUAUGGAGGUCCUGAUGUCUUUGCAAGGAUCUCAAAUGGAGACAGAUGAUCCAACAACAAGUUACAUGCUACAAGCAUGGGCCAGACUUUGCAAGUGUUUGGGACAAGAUUUUCUUCCAUACAUGGCUGUUGUCAUGCCACCUUUGCUUCAGUCUGCACAACUCAAGCCAGAUGUAACAAUUACAUCAGCAGAUUCUGAUAAUGAUAUUGAUGAUUCAGAUGAUGAAAGUAUGGAGACCAUUACCCUUGGAGACAAAAGGAUAGGGAUCAAGACCAGUGUGUUGGAAGAAAAAGCAACUGCUUGUAACAUGUUGUGCUGCUAUGCGGAUGAGCUUAAGGAAGGGUUCUUUCCAUGGAUUGAUCAGGUUGCCCCAACCCUCGUCCCCCUUCUGAAAUUUUACUUUCAUGAAGAAGUUAGGAAAGCAGCUGUUUCAGCCAUGCCGGAGCUACUGCGUUCUGCAAAGUUAGCUGUAGAGAAGGGGCUGUCUCAAGGUCGCAAUGAGUCUUAUGUAAAGCAGUUGUCUGACUAUAUUAUUCCAGCUCUGGUUGAAGCAUUACAUAAGGAACCCGAUACUGAGAUUUGUGCGAAUAUGUUGGAUGCAUUAAAUGAGUGCUUACAGAUAUCUGGAACACUUGUUGAUGAAGGUCAGGUGCGAUCAAUUGUGGAUGAGAUAAAACAAGUGAUCACAGCUAGUUCUAGCAGGAAAAAAGAGAGAGCAGACAGAGCCAAAGCUGAAGAUUUUGAUGCUGAGGAGGGAGAGUUGAUUAAAGAAGAAAACGAGCAAGAGGAAGAAGUUUUUGACCAAGUGGGUGAAAUCCUGGGAACUUUAAUCAAAACAUUUAAAGCCUCUUUCUUGCCUUUCUUUGAUGAGCUAUCGACCUAUCUAACUCCUAUGUGGGGCAAGGAUAAGACUGCUGAAGAAAGAAGGAUUGCAAUUUGCAUUUUUGAUGAUGUUGCAGAGCAAUGUCGUGAGACAGCUCUUAAAUACUAUGAUACGUAUCUUCCAUUCCUAUUAGAGGCUUGCAACGAUGAAAACCCAGAUGUUCGACAGGCAGCUGUAUAUGGACUUGGAGUUUGUGCCGAGUUUGGUGGAUCAGUAUUUAAACCUCUUGUUGGCGAGGCCCUUUCGAGACUAAAUGUUGUGAUUCAACAUCCCAAUGCUAAGCAAUCUGAAAAUGUCAUGGCAUAUGAUAAUGCUGUUUCUGCUUUAGGGAAAAUUUGUCAGUUCCAUCGUGAAAGUAUAAAUUCAGCUCAGAUUGUUCCAGCAUGGUUAAACUGUUUGCCAAUAACAGGUGAUUUAAUUGAAGCAAAAGUUGUUCAUGAACAGCUUUGUUCAAUGGUGGAGAGGUCGGACAGUGAACUUUUGGGUCCCAACAAUCAGUAUCUUCCAAAAAUUGUCUCAGUAUUUGCUGAGGUUCUUUGUGGUAAGGAUCUGGCAACAGAACAAACUGCAAGCCGAAUGGUUAACCUGUUGAGGCACCUUCAGCAGACUUUACCCCCAGCAACAUUGGCUUCAACUUGGUCAUUGUUGCAUCCACAGCAACAAAUGGCAUUACAAUCGAUUCUCUCCUCAUAGUGGCUGGCAGUAGGCGUCAUACUGGCUCUGGGAAAGAUGCAAACUCCAGUCUCUACGAGUGAGAGUACUAUUUAUUACCCCCCCAUUCUUUUGCAUAAGAUGGUUCUCCCAUCAUUUGUUUUUGCACGAAAUUCUGCAGCAACCUCGCAUCAAGUUUUAUAGAGUGUGAAAGCCCAUCAUCAUUGCGAUUGAAGUGAAAUCCUUUUUUUUUUUUUUUUUUGUAGAAUGUGUAUAUUAUUUAUAAGUGUUAAUUUAUAGUUGUUCUCCAAUCAAGUCGAUGAGGAAGAAAAGAAAAGUGUAGGCAUUUGUGGUUUGGUUUCAUAUUUCUUAUUUCAUUUUUGGGUUGGCGCGUGAGGUUUGAGGGUUGUCAGUGAGGCAAUUCUUGUCGCAGUUUUGGUCCAUUAUGGUUCUUUUUCCUUUUCAUACAAACUUCCUGAUUGUGGUUAUUGUAUGGAUUGAAAUUUUGAAUGUGAUUCUUUCAUUGUAUUUGUGAUUUUGAGUCA